UGAUGGCAACACUGGCCCUUGGUGAUCACUGGUGAGUGAUGAAAUGAGUGAUCACCCAUGACAGAUGAUUAUGGUUUUGCGUUCUGAGGGUUUUGUAUUUUGUGAUUUAGUAAAAAUUUUAACUCUCGUACAAUACUUAUAUCGUAUUCUUUUGAUUGUGUAUUUGCAAGUGUUACUAUGAUGUGUCAAGUUCUUUAAUUUUUUCUUGUGUGCCUGUGCAAUAAUGAUUACAAUGGCACGAAUAUAUUUCGUGGUAAUAGUUUUUUUAUUUAUGUAUUGGGAAGUACGUGCCUCUGACAUUAAGAAUGAUAAAUCGGUGUUAGUAGACUGCAGUACUUUAAGGUUGGGACAAUACAUUUGCCCUGAUCCUUCUUUGGAUCAGAUUAAUCCGGAUACUCAACAAUAUUAUGGAUGCACAAAAGGAAAAGUAAUUCCUUCGGAGGGUGAAGCUGACGUAUGGUGUAUUGCUGCAGAAGGAAUUAUUUGCAAUCAAACAAAAAAUAAUACAUUCACUGCCAAGUUACCAUGUAAAUGGACGAAUGGUUAUUCACUGGAGAUAGCUUUACUGCUCUCAGUAUUUCUUGGAAUGUUCGGUCUAGAUCGCUUUUAUCUGGGCUAUCCUGGAAUAGGUUUAGCCAAGUUAUGCACGCUGGGUUUCAUGUUCCUUGGACAACUUUUGGAUAUUAUUCUCAUAGCUGCACAGGUUGUUGGUCCAUCAGAUGGUUCGGCAUAUGUCAUACCUUAUUACGGAGCUGGGGUUACUGUAAUCCGCAGUGACAAUGAGACAUACCUGCUCCCCCAAGCUGACUGGCACAACAUCACCUGACAGUGGGGAACAAUCUCUUUCUACGUUGAUGAGGACUAUGAAUGGACAUAACAGAUUUACCACCAACUUGUUCUGUGUUCUAAAUGAACGGAUGUUUCUUUACUGAAUACAUGUGUGCGGAAUGUGAUAUUACAUUAUAAUAAUACAUCAAUUUUAAAGGGAAAAUUAUGUGGACUAUUGAAUUGGUGAUUUACUGAAUUUGAAAUCAUUAACUUUAUUUGUGGUACUAUAAUUAAUACAUUGACUAUGGUUCAAGUAACAGCUGUGUUUUUAUAGGCGCAAAACGUGUGCGACUGGCUUAUAUUAGCUGUGUCUAUCAGAGGCAGACACACUUCUUGCUAUAGAGCCAGACAACACACUUCCUGUGUGGUGGCGCCACAGUCAAUGUGUUAAAUUCCAGUUGUAAAUAGGUAGAUAUUACACAUGGUAUUUGUUUUUUUAUUUUUGUUUAUAUCAGAUAUGAGAUUGUUCUGAACAUAGCUUUAAUAGUGUUUUUAGGACACAAAAAGUCACUGAAACAUAACAUAUUCAAUUUAUUUCUACACUAGCUCUUGUAAUUAAAUAAUUCUCUCUAUAUAUCUAUUCAUUUGACUUGGUUUUUUCACUUGCAUCAUCUUGUGCUACAGGCUGUGUUUCCUGUAUUGAUAAAUCAUUUGGUGGUGCCGUGAGAGUAAAUAUAACUGGUACAGUAGAUAAUAUUGGAUUACCAUACUUUUCCAAUAAUCUAAUCCAUGAUAACAGGGAAUCUCUUGAUGACGUACCUGUUUGUAUAGACAAAGUUAAGUUGACAUGUAUAACAUAUUUGUAUAUGACAAUUUUAUCAUAAAUAUAAAAUUAGUAAAAUUAAAGAAAGCAAUUAUUUGUAUAGUACAAAUAUGUACUAGUUUCUACAUAGCAGAAAAUAAUUUAUAAUGCUUUCAAAAGCAAAUUUAAUUUCACAGCAUUGACUGUAAAUAAUGAAUAUUUCAUUAUAAUCAUAAACUAAAAAGGAUUUGGAAAAUUUAUAAAAGAAUACAUAAAAUUAUAAUCUCUUAGGCUAUGAAUUAUGAAAAACUGUAGUGAUUACCUGUAGCACAUACAGAUACAAUUGUACCGUCAUCCUGUUCAUGUACUGUGCAUUUUACGGCUGGAAGCUUAGUGCUGCCAAUAUAACCAGGUAUGCCUGGCGGUUUCUCUAUAUCUGAUACAUCUGUAAUAAAGAUUAUGAAAAACAAA